AUCCUCCUCACUCGCCAUUCGCCACCUCCACCUCUCUUCUCCUCCCACGCCGCCGACCGCGGGUCCGGCUCGUCGGGCCCCCGAAAUCCGGCCAGAUCCGCCUCAGCGGACGCCGGCAGGCCAGCCGGUCCGCCUCGCCGACGCCGGGACACCAGCCCUAGUCUUCAUCCGUCGGCGCUCGCGGUAGGGUCCUCAUAUCCAGCCUCCAGCGACGCCGACCUUCGCCAUGGAGAACGCCUGCAUAAACUUCACCGCCGUCGCGCGCUCGGCGCGGAUGCUCAAGAUCGACGGCUUCAGCCUGACCGAGAGCAUGGACCACGACGACUGCGUCAGAUCCAGGUGGACCUUCGACGGGUACGAGUGGGAGGUCCGCGUCUACCCCGCGAUGACCAGCUCUGCCGGCGGCGGCGGCGGCGCGUACGUGGUGCUGGAGGUCGCCUUCCUCAGCAAGCCCCGCAGGGGCAGCGUGAGGGCCGCCAUAGGCUGCCGGCUGGUCGACCCGAGAGGGAUACUCAAACCGUCCAAUGAAAUCAGUAUCUCAAAGGUGUUCAGUCGCCCGCAGGAAUGCUCGACCAAGGCGGCGGUCGUCGGGCGGCGCGCGCUGGCGGCAUCGGCGUUUCUCCGGGGCGAUUCCUUCACUAUGGAAUGCACCAUUGAGGUUCUCAAGGAGCUGCCUGACACGGUGACGGACCCUGUCCAAGAGGUGCCGGUGCCAUCCUCAAACUUGAGUCGACACCUGGCUCUACUCCUGCAGAGCGAGGCCGGAGCGGAUGUCACGUUCCUCGUGUCUGGCGAGUCCUUUGCUGCGCAUAAGAGCAUACUGGCCGCGAGGUCUCCGGUUUUCAUGGCCCAGUUCUUUGGAGACAUGAAGGAGAAAUGCUCGCAGAGUGUGGUGAUCGAGGACAUGGAGGCUGCGGUGUUCAAGGCCCUGCUUCACUAUAUCUACACUGAUACUGUGUCUGAAUUCGACGAGAAGGGUGAGGAGGUGACAAUGUUAGCUCAGCACUUGCUUGCAGCUGCUGACAGAUACGGGCUGGACAGGCUCAAGCUGAUCUGCGAAGGCAAGCUCUCUGAUGGCAUCAAUGUUGACACUGCAGCGACGUCUCUGGCUCUAGCCGAGCAGCACAACUGUCCACGGCUCAAGGCGAAGUGCGUUCAGUUCAUCAUUAGAAAUCGUGAAGUUCUUGAUGCUGUGUUGGCGACGGAGGGGUACAAGUACCUGGCGGCAAGCUGCCCUUCAGUGUUGGCUGACCUUCUCAAGUCGAGCCUGCGCGUGGGAUGAAGAGCUGAUGCAUAGUUGGGUGCUACCAGAGGUCCAAAUUUCAGUGAUGCAUAAUCUCUGUUUGUGCUUGUCUAGUUACCUUGCGUCGCUUCUUAAUGUUGAAUCUAAAUCAGGUAGGUUAGUCUCUGCUUGUGCCUAUUAUGCAUGAAUGUAUUAUUGUAACUUGUUUAUGUGCAACCUGUUGUGAUGUAAUUUAGUUUAAAUGGUCCACGAUUUGGUAUCUA